UUCCUUUGCCCAGCCCAGCUGUUGCACUCUGGGACACAUCCACUCACACAUACACACACCAUAAAUGUCGAGUGUCCCUCACUCUGCCCAUGUGGGAUGAGGUCUCCAUCCGUGAAGUCCCGGGUCCAGCUGUUUGGACCACAGUCCCAUCCCUGCCCUUCCUGGGUGUCCCCGCUUUCCCUAUCGCCUAUCCCCUGGGGACGGUUAAGACCUCCUCCAGCACACCAUCCACCACAGACCAAGAGCCCCAGCUGCACUCUUGCUCUCUGCUUUUUAAAAAUAGGCUGAGAUAUCAGCCUGGACAGCUAAGAGACCUGGACGCAUCCUGGGGAUUGAGGAAUGUCUCCGCACUUCCCAGCUCCUUCAUAUCUGUGUGAAUCCUCUGAGUAAUUGUCUGUGUGUGUAUGUUUAUAUCUUUGCAUGUGUGUGUGAAGAUAGAUCCCGUAUUACUAGCUUAAGAGAGGAUCCUGCGUCCAGAUGAGAGAGUGGACGGAGUUGGAGAUGAGCUUUUCGGCAGGGGGGUAUCUCUCCGCCUCGGAUGGUUACUGCUCCACAGAGCAGCAGCUGCAGUACUAUGACAUGCUGGCUGACCCUCUGGGCUACCCCCUGCAGGACCCCGACCUCCAGCUGCUCCCUUACAGCCAACAACAAUACAGCCAUGCCAACCUGCCCUUCUCCCUCUAUGGCUCUCCACCCUCCUCCACCCCGUCUCCCUCCUCCUCCUCCUCCUCUUCACAGCCCUGCCUUCCUCCGUACCACUACGGCCCUCACUGCGUGGAGGCCCCCUGCGAUCCCAUCCCCGAGCCCCACUGCGGGGGCCUGGUUCAGGGGCUCGGAGCGGUAGGGCUGCCCCUGGGGCGGAGGUCGCGGGCGGGGCUGGGAGGGAAGAGCAGAGGUCAGGACGAGCUGUGUGUGGUGUGUGGAGACAAAGCGUCGGGGUAUCACUACAACGCUCUUACCUGUGAGGGAUGCAAAGGUUUCUUUAGGCGCAGCGUGACUAAAAAGGCGGUGUAUCACUGUAAGAGUGGCGGCGGCUGUGAGAUGGACAUGUACAUGAGGAGGAAGUGCCAAGACUGCCGGCUGAGGAAGUGCCGCGCCGUGGGAAUGCUGGCGGAGUGCCUUCUGACGGAGGUGCAGUGCCAGUCCAAGCGACUAAGGAAAGGAGGGAAGGGCAGAGGACAGGAGGAAGAGGAGCAUACAGACAGCCGCAGUGUCAGCUCUAGCAGCAGACUACCUGGACAGGCUCACUCUGCCAGUUUAAGCCGAGAACAGAAGUACAUUGUGGACAGUAUGGUGGAGGCCCAUCGACUGUACAGAGCCCAGGACAGCAGCCACUGCAGGUUGUUUGAGUGGCCGUGUACAGAAGAGGGGGAGGGUCUGUCUGAUGUUGUGUCACCCCACCUGCAAAGACUGCUGCAGUUUGCCAGGACAGUGCCAGGUUUUGACCUCCUGGAUUUUUCAGACCAGAGCUCUCUGUUGUCUGUGUCUUCACUGGAGGUCAUGUUCCUGCUGUCGGCUCAGCACUUCUCCCACAACCCAGCAAGCCCCAGUCCAGCCAUGCAGCUUUUCAGCAUGUCAACACACAACUGGCUGAGAAAUGUGGAGUCAAAGGAAAACAUCUGCAGCAGGACGCUGGUUAGCUCAGGAGGCAGUGAGGAUCUCUUCGCUCCGGUGCUCAACUUCUUCCACAGCAUGGCAACGCUGCGGGUGACGGAGGCUGAAUACGCCCUGCUCACUGCUACAGCUCUGCUCUGCUCAGACCGUGCAUCCCUGCAGGCAGCCAGCUGCGUUGAGAAAAUGCAGGAACUGAUCCUGGACCUGCUGUCAAGAAUUUGUGGGGCCCAGGCUGGAGCUGCGCGAGGGGGACCGCAGCGGUUUGGCCGCCUGCUGGGCAGACUGACGGAGCUACGGACCCUCCGUCACAACUACCUCCUCCUGACAAGACAGCAGCCUGGACUCUGAUGGAGAGGACGUAAUAGAAAUGGUGAAAAGCCACCACUAUCAUCUCUGUGGAGCUUCCUGUCUGAAUUUAAGGACCAGACGGUCCCAUAGGAGCUCAGAAAUUGUUCAAAACCUUUUGGAAACGCAAGGUUUUCACCUGAUAUUGAUCAGACUGUUGGAUUUUCUACUCUCUGAAUGAAUCUUGCAUCUUUUUUUCUCAGCUGACUUCAGUUUAUUCAGUCCUACAGUCAUUAUUGAAUUUUAAAUUCUAAUGGGACUGAAAUGUGUUUGUGGACUGCUGUAGUCUGUUUGGACAGAACAUAUUUUAUUGGCCUUUUUAUAACUGUUGUAUACAGCUAACAGGUACACUAUUGUUUAAAUAAAACAAAAUUACAGAUUGUUAGUUGAAGUUCAUCAGUGGAAAAGAGAAUUUUUAGAUUGAAAUUAGGGAUCAAGUUCACCAUACCUGUUGACAAGUGAUUAUAAUUAAAUAAUACUGUGUGAGCUGAUCUCACCUUUGGUUUUAAAAAGAAAAAAAAGUCAGAACUGCAGUUAAGUAUCCCAAAAGGUUUUUAAUAGAGCAUUUAUUUCCUAAAAGGAGGAAAUACUGGUUCAGACAAAAUAUUUGGUGAUCAGGUAAAAUAUGCAGGUAGUACAAGCUUAUAAAGGUGUAUUUUUCCAUUUGAUAAAAUGGGGCUCUUGACAAUAAAUAGAAUCUUCUGGGGGUCAACAGUGAAUGAUGGCGGUUGGUCUUGAGUAAAAUCAUCAACAUCAAACCAAACAUGUUAAGUCAUCUGUUGAAAUGUUGGCUGCAUGUUUUUAAAACCUCACUCCAUUUGUUUUAAAUAAGAUUUCAUUCUCAACUUUAACCAAUAUAGCUUUAUUUCUAUAGUUCUGUCUUCCAUAAAUAAAUUAUUUCUCUCUGUAUCAAAAAGAGAAUUCAAAUAUAAAGAACAAUGGCUCAUUGUGUUGUAUGCUCUGAAUGUACACACACACACACAGCACAAUGAAAUUACAUCAAAGACAAGCUAAGUAGCAUGUCAGGAAUUAUUUUAUCUCCACAAAUAUACACAGCCUCGCUUUGCCCCUUGUGGGUUGAUUGAAAUACGCAUUCAAAACAGCAACAUUAAAUUAAAUUGGGUUUGAUA